UGCAUGCGUUGAUUUAGGGUACAGUUUUAUUACGAUCAGGGGUACGCAAUGUGCGACAUUGCGCCUCUAACUUACAUGUAUAUCAACUUUUAAACAAACAAACUUAUCAGCUAUUCAUUCCGAUCUCUUAUCUUUGCUUCCUGGUGUGGAGUAAGCGGCAUGAAAAGUCUCUAUGGAAGGAAUACAAAUACUUUCGUGACAACGAAUCCCAACCUGAAGGAAGCGGAGCAUGGCGUCAGAAAAAGAAGAGACGAGUGCAAGGGAAGAAGACGAGCCUGCCGAUGAGGUAGAGACGGUGUGGGACAGAUUUAAAGAGACAGAAGGUGACAAAUUACCACCCGAUGACCAUGUCUUCUGGAAUAAUGUUUACCUUGCUACCAAACUUUUUUUCUCUGGCUUUCUCUUUAUGGUAGUGCUGUGUUCUGCAGUUGUGUCAAAAGGAGUUUUACUUAUUUUGACAUGGAAUAUAUUCACACCUGCUGGUAAUACAUCAUCUGAUUUAAAGACGUUUGAUAAACUUUUCCACUACAACAUAACAGCGAACCAAACCACUACUGGCAAUGACUCUGUGACCAAUAUAUAUUACAUUUGGGCGUUGUUUAUUAUUGUUGUGACACCAAACCUUUUCACAGUACUAUUCUGCGUAUGGAGAGUAAUAUUUAGAAAGUCAGGAAGCCUACGUUUUAAAACACUUCUAGUGGCUCUUUUACCUGCGACACUCCACUCAAUUGGGCUCAGUGUCCUCGUGUUUUACGUGCUUCCUUCCCUUGACCCAAUUUCUGGAUUAUGGUACAGUUGUAGCGUGUCGUUAAUACCAUCAAUUGUAAAGUUUGCCUUUGGAAUUAGGAAGCUGUGCAAGCAAAAAGAUUCAACUGAAACUGAAUCAAGGUUUCCCUGGUAUUUCAUUGUAAGAAUAAUGGCGCUUUUGUUAAGCAUAGUGUCAAUUGUUUUUUGGGGUGUUUACAUAGCAUCAUCAUCAUCAACACCAGCAGUUCGAGCGACUCUAGUUGUGUUAUCAAUCUUAUCGCCAAUUUUCGUGUCAGUAAGUUGGAUGGAAAACUUUCUACCAAGCUUGCAGAAAGAACAAGAAGUAGGAAACGGUCAUAGGAAAAUUCAAGUGAUACAAGUUAUGAAUGGAAACAACAACAAUAAAGUUAAGGGUAAUGAAAGAAACAACAACGAAAACGAUGACAGUAAAAAACAAAUAUUAUACCCGAACAGGAUUUAUGAGUACAAGCACACUUUAUUUUGCAGUCGCUUUAAAAUGCAUGCAGUCGUCAACACAUGGAAAAUAUUUAUUACCUUUGUGAUGGUUAUUGUUAUACACGGGACGCCAUGUGACAACUGUUUGGACGCCUUAUUUGGAAAUUUAGACCAACCUGCAAAACAAAUGUCUGUGAUCAUAGACGAUAACUGGUUGCUGAACUUGGACCUUUGCAACACUGCUACACCAUUUAUUGUCGCAGUUGUUGGAAUAUCAACUAGCCUCUUUUGCCAAAGACUAAGUGUCGCAGCAAUAAAAGUUCUAGCACAGAUUCAAGGGUUCUCAGUUCCUAUUUGUCUAGUAACACCUGUUACAUUUCUGUUGAUAGUGGCAGUAUCUUCUCAGUUGAACAAUGGAGACCAUAUAUGCCAAUUUCCAUUUCCGUGGUUUGAAGGUAACAAGCCAAUCAGCAAUCUCGCAUCAAUGAUAAUUGCUUCACUCACAGGAUACUUGGGUCUUAUACUUACAGCGGGACAUAUAUGGACAAUGGAAACGGAAAGGAUGAGUAAAGAAAACAUGAUAUUUUAUGCACCUUCAUAUUGUGGAGCACUUUUGGAGCAGUCGUUAAUGCUAAACAAAUGCAAGGAGAACAACUUUCAGACAACGCCUGUUUCAAAGACAAACGAUACGACUGAUAAUGACUCUCAAUCACUCCCUAGAGUAGCGACCGGCAUACGUGCUAAUAGUAAUGGAAACACAGGAAAAGGUAGCAAGGAUAAUACAAAUAAACUACUAGAAGGUUUUCCAAUGAUAUAUUUUUGCGCUACUAUGUGGCAUGAGACGGAAGUUGAGAUGGUACAGUUAUUCAAGUCCCUGUACAGGAUGGACAUUGAUCAAUGUGUACAAAGAAUUCGCAAGGAGGAUUCACAGAGUAAUCAAGACUACUACAACUUUGAAGUACAUAUUUUCUUCGAUGACGCAUUCGUAGAAGGGAAGCAGAUGAUGGCAAACCAAUACGUACACACGUUUAUUAAAGCCUUAUACGAUACUGCUAAGGAUACGUAUCCAGACCAGAUACCAUCUAUGAAGGAUCCACGACGGAGAAUUACACCUUACGGGGGACGUCUCAUAUGGACUUUGCCUGGUGGAAAUCGGCUAGUUGCGCAUCUGAAGGAUAAGUACAAAAUUAGAAGAAAAAAGCGAUGGAGCCAGGUGAUGUAUAUGUACUAUUUCCUUUCACAUAAACUAAGUGCUGUUGAAAGAGACAAAAAUAAGCAAUUAGAGAUAGCGAAGAACAUUUUCAUACUCGCUCUGGACGGUGACGUUGACUUCAGACCGGAAGCUGUCAAACUGUUGAUUGAUAGAAUGAAAAGGAAUGAGCAAACAGGCGCUGCUUGCGGAAGGAUACAUCCAAUAGGAGAUGGACCUAUGGUAUGGUAUCAGAAGUUUGAGUAUGCAAUAAGUCACUGGUUGGUCAAAGCUACAGAGCACGUGACUGGUUGCGUUCUUUGUAGCCCUGGUUGCUUUAGUUUAUUCAGAGGGUCAGCAUUGAUGGAGGAAAACGUAAUGAAAAGAUACACCACCAUGCCAACCGAAGCUCGCCAUCAUAUACAAUACGAUCAAGGCGAAGACAGAUGGUUAUGUACACUCCUUCUGAAGCAAGGCAAAAAGGUCGACUAUUGCGCUGGAUCAGAUGCUUUCACGUUUGCACCUGAGGGUUUCAAAGAAUUUUACAAUCAGAGGCGCCGUUGGACACCUUCUACGAUGGCAAACAUUUUAGAUUUAUUGUCGGACUGGAGAGUUAUUACGAGGAACAACGAUAACGUCUCUAUACCGUACAUUUGUCUGCAGUUGUCCUGGUUUGUGUCGUCAAUAUUGACCCCUGGCGUUCUCUUACUGAUGAUUAUCGGGGCGACGAAUCUUGCCUAUCCUCAGUUAUCACUACAUGCGGCCUUGCUGAUUAACUUACUACCCGUUGUCUUUUUUGUACUUGUUUGCUUCUUUGCCAAAACUGAACACCAGCUAAAUGUAGCAGCCGCACUGUCCAUUAUUUACUCACUUAUCAUGAUGAUAGUUCUUGUUGGUUUGAUUAGAGAGGCUGUAGAAGAUGGAUUUUGCUCAGUCAUAACCUGGUUUCUUCUUAUUGUGUCCGGUAUAUUUGUACUGUCAGGAUUAACACACCCAAAGGAAACAAAGUGUCUCAUCCAUGGCUUUUUAUUUUUCAUUGCCAUCCCUUCCAUGUCAAUGCUUCUUAUGUUGUAUUCGGUUAUAAAUCUGAACAACGUUUCCUGGGGAACCCGCGAGGCUCCUAAAUCAAAGCAAGGUGAUGGGAAAGAAGAUAGCAAUAGUGUGAGGGACGUUCAGAGUUUGGUGGAUAGAAUUCUAAGCUGUAGCUGCUGUCAACCUCAAGUCUUGCAAAGGGAUAAUAAAGUAGCUGUCCAGUUAGAACAAAUAAAAACCGAAUUAAACAAGUUAGAGGCUGGAACACUGCAUGCAGAUGAUAGCCAAUCAGAUGAUACUGGAGAAAAACAUUCUGACACAGCAACAAAUAUAGCUCCGCCAGCUACGGUACCAGCUGAACCAUAUUCAAAAUAUCUGAAUUUUGAUCCGGAAUCGUCAAGGAAAAUCAAGUAUCUUGCAUUACGCGAGGAAAAAUUUUGGAAGUGGCUUAUUGAAAAAUAUCUAUAUCCGGGUGAAAAAGCUAAUGGCAAUGCUGAAGAGGAGGAAAAGCGUUUGAAAGAACAGGAAAAGGUUAAAGAAGAAUUGAAGGAAUUAAGGAACAAAGCAAGUUUAGCUUACCUCCUAAUCAACGCACUGUUCAUCACAGUUAUAUAUUUCCUGCAACAAUCAAACGUGGACACAGGCGGAGGGUUAUCGGUGCACAUUGAAUGUGGGAGCGGGAAUGGUUUGGUGCUUGAACCGAUAAGUUUGGCAUUCACUGCUGUCGCUGGAAUACUUCUAGCAAUUCAGUUUUUGUGUAUGUUAAUACAUAGGUCAAAAACGUUUCUGCAAAUCAAUUCGAUAACUGAAAUAAAGCGAGAUGAUGUGGAUGUCAACCAACUUUUCAAUGAUGCCGUAAAUGACGUAAUUAAUGAGAAUCCGGAGAAAGAAAACACUGAGACUGUUAUCGAAGAAAAGGAGAAACCAAAAGAUUUUCUCAAAAACUUCAUAGCGAAAAAUGUCAUAAAGAAGAUAAGUGUUAUAGAUGCUGUAGGAAAUGCUUUUCUUAUGGGAAAUAGAGAAACGAACGGUGCUGCUGAGAGUAUCGAAGGUACUUCAAGCACGAAACAUGACGAACAAAACCAAGAUCCAAGGAAGAAGUUUAGGAAGACUGUGUCAUCAGUUCUCAUUGACAUGAGUCAGGCAAGAAGACGGAAGUUGUUACAAAAUAAUAGGUAA